AUUAAUUUAAGAUUAGAAAAUUUAAAGAUAAGAAUCCUAAAUAGAAAGUUAAAAAAAUGAAGGAGAAAUUAGUUCCUUUGCAUAAAUAGAAAGUAAAUUUGGGGAUAAAUAAAUUUAAAGUCAAAAUUAAAUUUUUAAAGAUGAAGAAGAAAGUGAGGAAAAAAAAAUAAUGGAAAAACAUCCUACGUUAUAUUAAUUUUUAAAUAGCAAUUUUACCUCAGUAGUAAUAAAUUUAACUACUGCUUAUGCACUUUUUGGAGAUGAUAUAAGAAUUAUAGCCUUUGAUAAUAGGGCAGAUAUAGUUUUUGAUUUUUUCACAGUUAUAGCUUUCUUGAUUUUUACAUGUGAAGUAAUAACUGCGAUGAUAAUAAGGCCAAAAUAUUUUCUGUCAUUCUUUUUCUUUCUAGAUACUAUUUCUACUAUAUCUUUGAUUAUGGAUAUUCAUGUGUUAUAAUCAAUAAUAUUUUUUGGAUAAUAUGAUAACAGUACUGUUGAUUUAUCUAAAGAAGGAAGUGCUUCUAAAAUAACUAGAAGAUCAGGAAGAAGAUUUAUAAGAUUAGUUAGACUUGUAAGAAUUGUUAAAUUAUAUAAGGCAGCUCUUCUUUAAUAAUAGAAUUAAUAAACUUCGAAUAAAACUUAAAAAAAUUUAGAAGAAAGAAGAAAGAAAAAGAAGAAAAUUUUUCCUUAAUAAAAUAACAAUAAAUGUGAAGAGAAUAUUAAAAAAGACAAAAUAAGUAAAAAUAAAAAUAAUAAAAAAAAAAAUAAUGAAGAUAAUAAAAAUAAUGAUAAUAAUAAUUAUAAAUAUAAUAAAAAUAAUAAUAAUAAUAAUAAUAAUAAUAAUAAUAAUAAUAAUAAUAAUAAUAAUUACACUAAUAAUAUAAACAGUAAUUAUAUCAAUAGCAAUAAUAAUAAUGAUUCUCCAUAGAUUAUUAUGAAUAAAAUAAUUCAAGAAAAUACUAAUAAUGUGUCUAUAGUUUCAAAAAAAUUAGCUGACUUAACAACUUAAAGAGUAAUAAUUAUUGUAUUAUUACUUUUAUUUAUUAUGCCUCUUUUUUCAGCUGCUUAUUAUUUUGAAGAACCUAUUACAAUGGAUUUAGCUUGUUAAUAAUUAAAAUUAAUAACCGAAAUGAAAUCUACUAGAUAUGAAAUUCAAUUAUAAUUCGAUACUAUAGUUAAAUAACAUAUGAAUUUAAUUACUCCUAUUGUAUUUUUGAGGAUUCCUUUGUCUUAUAUAAAUAAUUUUAACUUGACAAUAUUCGAUUAUAUCCGAGAUGAGGAAAAAGAAGGGAUCGGAUAUGAAUUAAACAUAGACUUAUAUUUGUAAAACCACCCCAAUAAAGAAGAUUAAAUGGAAUAUGACAAUGUUUUAAAAGGUAUGACUUCUGAUUAGAAACUAAUACAGGGAUUUUUAAAUAUAGCGCCUUUAGCAGUAUUAAGUGCAUGCCUUUCUUUAGGAAGAAUUAUUUUCGUAUGUAUAUUAUUGACGGUAGGGGCCUUAUUAUUCGCAAAAGAUGCAAAUGAUUUAGUCUUGAUCCCUAUAGAAAGAAUGCGAGAUAAAGUAAUUUAAAUUGCAAAUAACCCUUUAUCUUCUAAAGACCAAGAGCUGAUUAUUUAAGACUAAUAAUAUGAGACUAUAAUAAUAGAAAACGCGAUUAUAAAAAUCGGAACUUUACUUGCGUUGGGAUUCGGGGAUGCCGGGAGUGAAAUUAUAGCCAGUAAUAUGACUAAUACAGGAGAUGUAAACCCUAUGAUUCCUGGAAAAAAGAAAAGCGCAAUAUAUGGAUUUUGCGAUAUCCGAAAUUUUACAGACGCAACAGAAGUUUUAUAGGAAGAUGUAAUGAUUUUUGUGAAUAAUAUAGGAGAAAUUGUCCAUAUGGUGGUAGAUAGGUAUUUGGGGGCAGCUAAUAAGAAUAUAGGUGACGCUUUUUUGCUAGUUUGGAAGCUUAGAGAGGAUAAAUAUAUGAUUAAAGAGGAGGAUAAUUCACUUGUAUUUAAUGACGAGGUUUAUAUCUAGAUUUUAUGUGAUUUGGCAGUUAUUUCAUUUCUUAAAAUUAACGUUAAGUUGAAUAGAGAAUAGCAAAUUCUCGAGUAUAGGAAUGAUAAGAGACUUUAGAGUAGACUGGAGAAUUAUAAAGUCAAAAUGGGAUUCGGAUUGCAUAUUGGAUGGGGUAUAGAAGGGGCUAUAGGCUCUUAAUUUAAAAUAGAUGCGUCUUAUUUAAGUCCUAAUGUUAAUAUGGCGUCAAGGUUAGAGGCUGCAACUAAAUAAUAUGGAGUCCCAUUGCUUAUUUCAUCGGAUUUAUAUGAACUUUUCUCACCGAAAAUGUAGAAUAUUGCAAGAUAGAUUGAUAGAGUGAAUGUAAAAGGAUCAUAAAGACCAAUAGGGCUUUAUACAGUGGAUAUUAAUGUAAAUAAUUUGCCUGCUUCGAAGAAUGGGGAUCCUACUUUGAGUAAAUAGGAUAAAUAUUAUGAUUGCCUAUAUAAAAAAAAUGAAAUCAUUGACCUUGUGUCAGAAGUAAUAAAUAGGUAAUGUGAAUGGGAUGUUAAUAUGUAUAUUUAAGAAAAUAAAGAUCUCAGAAUGGCAUUUGAGGGAAGAAAUGAACAAUUUAUAGAAUUAUUUAAUGAUGCAUUUUUUUAUUAUUUAGAUGGGUAGUGGAUGAUAUGUAAAUAAAAAAUGGAAAAAGCAAAAGAAUUAGUCUAAGAUGAUGGACCGAUAUAAACUUUAAUUCAAGUUAUGAAGUAAAAUGGGUUUUAAGCACCGGAUAAUUGGGAAGGAUAUAGGGAAUUAACAGAAAAAUGAUAUUUAUCUUUUUUUUUUUUCUUUUUUUUUUUUUUUUAAUUAUUCAUGUUUAAUAUUUUAUUAUAUAUUAAAUUUCGCUUUUUUUUUUUUUGUUAUGUUUAAUUUUUUAUAAUAAAUAAAAUAAGCAUUUUAUAAAUUAAUAAUUUCAUCUUUAAAAUCAAAUUAUAUAAUAAUAAACCAUUAAUU